CCUCUCUUCUCUUCUUCUCUCUUCUAGUUCUAUCUUUCUUUCCCUCUCUGCUAAACAUAAUUAACCUUUUCUUCCUUUUUUUCUUUCUCUAUGCAUUGUUACCUGUUCUUGAAAACUUGAACCCAUCAGUUCCAUUGCAUAACAAUGGAGAAGAAAAGAAGCCAUUUCAGUUUUAACAUUUUUCUACUCUUUUUUCUUUCUGGGUUUUCUUCCAUGUUUCAUUUUGUCAAUUCUCAAGCAAACCCAAGUCAAGAUGCUGCAGUUAUGUUUUCUCUCAAGAAAAGUCUUAAUGUACCUGAUUCUCUUGGAUGGUCAGACCCGGAUCCCUGCAAUUGGAACCGUGUCACUUGUACUGAAAAACGGGUUACCCGGAUCCAAAUUGGUCGACAAGGUCUUCAAGGUACACUUCCUUCAAAUCUUCAAAACCUUACUCAGCUAGUACGCUUAGAGGUUCAGUGGAACAAUAUUUCGGGUCCUGUUCCUAGUUUAAGCGGCUUAAGCUCACUACAAGUUGUAAUGUUAUCUGGAAACCAGUUUACUUCUAUUCCUAGUGAUUUUUUCACUGGUUUGUCUUCUCUGCAAGGUCUAGAGAUUGACAAUAAUCCAUUUUCUACUUGGGUAAUUCCUGAAAGUAUUAGAAAUGCUUCUGCUUUGCAAAAUUUUUCCGCAAAUUCUGCUAACAUAUCUGGGUCCAUUCCCCAAUUUUUUGGUGAUUUUCCGGGUCUAACCAUUCUUCAUUUGGCCUUCAACGAGCUUGAAGGCGGGUUGCCUGCUAGCUUUUCCGGGUCACAAAUCCAGUCUUUAUGGCUUAAUGGGCAGACAAGUAGAAACAAACUUACUGGUACUAUUGAUGUUAUACAGAACAUGACUUUGUUGAAGGAUAUUUGGUUGCAUUCCAAUGGGUUUUCGGGUCCAUUACCGGAUUUUUCGGGUUUGAAAGAUUUGCAGGUUUUGAGUAUCAGAGAUAAUUCAUUUACAGGUCCUGUUCCUUUGUCUUUAGUGAAUCUUGAGUCUUUAACUGUUGUUAAUUUGACAAAUAAUCUAUUUCAAGGACGAAUGCCUGUGUUUAAGAGUUCAGUAGCGGUUGAUAUGAGUAAGGAUUCAAAUAGUUUUUGUUUGCCAAGUCCUGAUGAUUGUGAUUCCAGGGUCAACACAUUGCUUAAGAUUGUCGAAUCUAUGGGUUACCGGCAAAGAUUUGCUGAGAAUUGGAAGGGAAAUGAUCCUUGUGCAGAUUGGGUUGGAAUUACUUGUAUUCAAGGGAACAUUACCGUUGUAAACUUUCAGCAUAUGGGUCUUACAGGAACAAUUUCGCCUGCUUUUGCUUCGCUCACGUCAUUGCAAAGAUUGUUUCUUGAUAAUAACAAUCUCACUGGUUCCAUCCCACAAGAGCUUACUAGUUUGACUGCACUUAAGGAACUUGAUUUGUCAAACAAUCAACUUUCUGGGAAAAUUCCAGUUUUUAAGAAUAAUGUGAUUUUGAAUACUAAUGGUAAUCCAAAUAUAGGGAAGGAAGUUGAUACUUCUAUCUUGCCAGGUUCACCAUCAGGCGCUCCAGUAACGAAUACUAGUUCGGGAAGUAGUGGUGGUUCUGGAAAUGGUGGCAAGAAAUCUUCUACUUUGGUUGGAGUAGUUGCGGUCUCUGUUAUUGGUGGUGUAUUUGUUAUAUUCUUGAUUGGUUGCUUGAUUUUCUGCCUAUAUAAAAAGAAACAAAAGCGGUUUAGCAGAGUGCAGAGUCCAAAUGCAAUGGUUAUCCAUCCUCGCCAUUCAGGAUCUGAUAAUGAGAGUGUAAAGAUAACAGUUGCUGGUUCAAGUGUUAGUGUUGGCGCUAUUAGUGAGACCCAUACUAUUCCUGCAAGUGAGCAAGGUGACAUUCAAAUGGUCGAGGCAGGGAACAUGGUCAUCUCUAUUCAAGUCUUAAGAAAUGUUACAAACAAUUUCAGUGAGGAAAACAUAUUGGGAAGCGGAGGUUUUGGUGUAGUCUACAAAGGUGAGUUGCAUGAUGGUACAAAGAUUGCUGUGAAGAGAAUGGAGUCUGGAGUUAUAAGUGGCAAGGGACUUGCUGAGUUUAAGUCCGAGAUAGCUAUUUUGAAUAAGGUUAGGCACCGGCAUCUUGUUGCACUUCUUGGAUACUGCUUAGAUGGUAAUGAGAAGCUUCUUGUAUAUGAAUUUAUGCCACAAGGAACACUAAGCAUGCAUCUUUUCAACUGGGCAAAUGAAGGACUAAAGCCCCUAGAAUGGACAAGGAGGUUGACUAUAGCUUUGGAUGUGGCAAGGGGUGUUGAGUAUCUUCAUGGUUUAGCACAUCAAAGUUUUAUCCAUAGGGACUUGAAACCCUCAAAUAUUCUUCUUGGAGAUGAUAUGAGAGCUAAGGUUGCAGAUUUUGGCCUUGUGCGCCUUGCACCAGAGGGUAAAGCCUCAAUUGAAACUAGAAUUGCUGGAACUUUUGGAUACUUGGCACCAGAAUAUGCAGUUACUGGCCGGGUGACGACUAAAGUGGACGUUUUCAGUUUUGGGGUGAUACUAAUGGAGCUUAUAACAGGCAGAAAAGCACUCGACGAUAGUCAGCCUGAGGAGAGCAUGCAUCUUGUAACUUGGUUCCGAAGAAUUCACCUUAACAAAGACACCUUCCGCAAGGCCAUUGACCCAACGAUUGAUCUUAAUGAAGAAACACUCGCCAGUGUCAGCACCGUAGCAGAGUUGGCAGGUCACUGCUGCGCAAGAGAGCCGUAUCAAAGGCCUGACAUGGGGCACGCAGUCAACGUCCUAUCUUCCCUAGUAGAGCUCUGGAAACCAGCUGAUCAAAAUCCAGAAGACAUAUAUGGCAUUGAUCUUGAAAUGUCCUUGCCACAAGUACUUCAGAAAUGGCAAGCUUAUGAAGGUAGAAGUGACAUGGAAUCUUCGUCUGCUUCGUUACUCCCGAGCUUAGACAAUACUCAGACCAGUAUACCCACUCGUCCUUACGGGUUUGCAGAGUCAUUUACAUCAGCGGACGGACGAUGAAUAUGGUAGUUGUAAAUUAUGGUGGUUGUGUUCUCUAUGUUCAUUCUAUUUACUUCGUGUUUUCUCUGAAAACUUUCCCUGACUCCUAGUUCUUGGUUUUAGCUAUUUUUUCUUGAUUAUUGUUAUUGGAAGUGUAGUUUGAUUGUUCUUCGAUCUUCACACGUUUAGAAAGGUUUUGCAAAUGCAAUGAAAUGAGUUUCAUUUGGAUGUAUAGUUGCAUCUGAAAUUAGUCCAUAUUAAAAUUAUUGCGGUUUCCCA